AAUGUCAAUAUUUGCGGUUAUUAUACGUAUAUAACGUACUUAUUUUGGUGGGCGACAAAAGAUCAACAAAAAGAAACACAAAAUCAUUUUGCAUUGUUGUAAUUCACUCCUGUUCGCUUCAGUGUCAGAAGUUAAUUUAGAAAGAAAAUGUGAGUUUUGAAAGAAAAAAAACAAAAAUUUGUUAAGUAGACGAAUUCCGGUAUUUGACAAUUCGUAGCGGGAUUCUAAUUCGUUUCAAACGUGUGGCUGUUGUCAGUGCAUUUGACAUAAAAAUGCACAAAACUUCAUUUCAUUUUUUCCUCGAUUGAGGCCUCUGCGAAUAAUUUAAAUAAUUCCAAAUGUACCAACAACAGAAGUGAUACCAGGAGAUUAUUUAAACCAAAACAUAAGGCAGCUGGAGCGCAAAUUUUCGCUGCUCAUCAAUAAAACGCGGACCAACUACGAUUCAACAUUAAACCGAAACAACGAUUGAGGUUACGUAUACAAUUCAAAACACUAAACAACCAGUGUAGUGUCGAAAUCGAAUUUGUAGUUAAUUUACGUGUGAACGAAAAGUGUCUCGAAAUUGGGAAUUAAAUGGAUAGUUCGGACGAUGAAUACAAGAGUGUCGUAUUCGUUGUCAUAAUUAUCUUAGUUAAUGUACUGUCCAUCAAUCUGUUUGCAUUUGCUUAUCCGAAUGUUUUGUGGACACUGGCGCAGCACAUGAAAGAUAGUCUGUUUGAAUUGCUGUCCGACAAUUUGUUUAUGGUUAUCAUGAGCGUACAGAAAUCGAAGAAGAAAAUGGAAAAUCGACAAAGGAAUCAAUUGAUCAACGGAACAAGUACAAAUAGCAAUAACCGUCCACUACUGGUUCGCGGUCUAAUCAAUGCGAAUUGGGCGAAUGUACAACCGAUGGCCGCUCCAAAAGCAACAGUGAAGCAGAACGGUGACAUUGACGGUAAAGGUGGUAAACGGCAACAGAAAAACAAAGAAGGGUUGAAACUUACCAAACACAUCGCAAUGGAUUGUGAAAUGGUGGGAAUUGGAUUCCAAGGAAAAGAUCACAUGCUAGCUAGAAUAUCGAUUGUAAAUCAGCAAGGCGAGAUUAUCAUGGACAAAUAUGUUAAACCUAGCGAAAGUGUUGUCGAUUAUCGAACACACAUCAGUGGAAUCAGAGCCAAAGAUAUUGAUAACGGUGAGCCGUUCGGUGCCGUUCAACGUGAAGUUAUAAAUUUACUUAAAGGCCGUAUACUUGUGGGCCACUCAGUCAGCAACGAUCUGAAAGUGUUACAUCUAAAACAUCCGUAUAGAGAUACGCGAGACACAUCAAAAUAUGCUCCGCUGGCGAAACGAGUCAGUGGCGGUUCGACACCUAGCCUGAAAGCGUUAGCUCGUGUUGUUCUCGGCAUUAACAUCCAAGAUGGUGAGCAUUGUUCGGUUGAGGAUGCGCGCGCUACAAUGAGAAUUUAUAAUAAAAUUAGUCAAGACUGGGAACGGAACCUGAAGCAACGGAGCUAGUGAUUUAGUCUUAGUGCCUAUGUUGAUUAUUUAAAAAAACAAAACAAAAACUAAACAAAUGAGAGAGUUGUGUGUCAUGUAAUAUAAUUUGAAAUACGGUU